GGCCAAACGAUGCGGUUAACUGCUCGUCCGAAUCACAAGGGAAAGUGUCAAGAUAUUUGUAAUCUCCCUCGACAUCUCCAAUGCCCCGCAAUACUUAAAAGGUAACCGACCUCGGUUGCAGCUAUUGCGGUGAUCACCAAGAUUUAGAAGACCACCGAAUCGCUGUUGUAGAAAGCUAAGUUCUUAGUGCCCGAUUUAUCAAUUAAUCGGAACAAGUCGAGUUUGAAUCGACUGCGUGACGUGCAUCGAAAGCCAGCAAGUUCAUUGAAGUUCCACAUCAUGAGCGUGAAGCCGAUUGAUCCGUUCUCGGACCCGCGCAUUACCCAUGAAUAUGCGCAGCUGAACGGGCAGAGGUAUCACUAUCUGUAUGGAGUGCCAAAGUCGGGGAAAUGGCAUAGGACUAUUUUUCUGAUCCAUGGCUUCCCGGAUAUUUCUAUGGGAUGGCGAUAUCAGAUUCCGGUCCUGCUUGAAUUGGGGCUGCGCGUUGUUGCGCCAGAUAUGAUGGGCUACGGUGGAACCGAUGCUCCCCAGGUUCCUCCCAAUCUAGAUAAAUAUACGUACAAACGAGCCGCAGAUGAUUUGGCCGAAUUGGCGCGGCAAUUGAGAGAAACCCAGAUCAUUCUUGGAGGUCAUGAUUGGGGUGGAAUGAUCGUGUACCGCUUUGCGAACUGGUAUCCAAACCUCAUCUCGCAUCUUUUCUCGGUUUGUACCCCCUACCAGCGUCCCAACAAGACGUUCUGGUCGACGGAAGAGUUCGUGAAGGGACCCCUCCCGCAGUUUGGCUACCAGCUCCAUCUCGCCUCUGGAGAGAUCGAAAAGAACAUCAAUACGCCCGAGGGCAUCCGCCAAUUCUUGAAUGGCAUGUACGGUGCUCGUGGGCCGAACCGCGAGUCGACGUUUGACCCUGUCACCGGAGUUUCGUUCGAAAACCUUCCCAAGGUUGGGAAGACGAAGCUGCUCACGGACCGAGAAAUGGACUACUACACGCAAGAGUACUCCAAACAUGGGCUCAAUGGUCCUGUGAGCUGGUAUAGGACGCGGGAACCAAACUGGAGAGACGAAUUGUCCAUGGAAAAAGCUACACUGGACAUGCCUAUUCUAUUCAUUAGUGCGACACAGGAUGCCGUCCUCACACCGGCCAUGGCGAAGAACAUGUCCAGGAGUUUAACGAACCUCACUAUGCGGGAGGUCAAGGCCCAGCACUGGGCGUUGUGGCAGAAGGCGGAUGAAUGCAAUGCUCAUAUCAAGCAAUGGAUCCAGGAGGUCGUGCUCGGGAAGCAAAGUAGGCUCUAGGAUAGGAGCCCAUCUCGGGCCGGGGAUAUCGUAGAUACUCUUGUCUCCCCGUGCA